UACGGUAAGAAGCUUAUAAAAUGUUUUUCUAACUUAAUAUCUUUGAAUAUGUAAGGCGAUGUCACCCAGGUCGAUCACGUGGUACAUCAGUGCCGUGAUUAUCUUCCUUGAAGUUCUCCCUUCCAACUGCCAGGAUCACAAGGACCUUAACGGUACCGGCAGCGGCGACCCAGCUCCACAUGGCGACAGCAACCAGACACGGGCUACAGGUAACAACACGGGGUAUCUGACGGUCCAGCACUUUGAAGAGCUGAGUCAAGAGCUAAAAGAUCUGAGUCAGAGUGUCCAGGAUAUACAAAACAUGACUCAGCAGCCACUGGACUGGAGAAGAGUGCUAAAGGGGAUUGGUAAAAUCCUACUCAACAUCUUAUUGUUUUGCGUCGGAUUUUUCGCAGGAGUAAGAUAUUACCGUGCCAAGUGCGAAAAAGACAAUGGUGCUGUUUUAACCAUGAGGGUACCGAACUUUGAUUCUGGAGCAACAUUGGUAAUGCACAUGAGACCACCGGAAGGCGAAUCCCGUCAUAUACAAAUCCACCGCACGGAUGCAUCGUCCCCUGAGAUUACUGUAGUGCCGCUUGGUGUUGUGCCUGACCCGCUCUCAAUGACUACAGCUGUGCCGGCUAAUGUGCCAGCUCCUGUACCCACCAACACAGUUAGCAUGGCCGCUUGAAUCCCCAUGUCUAUAUAAAUGGUAGCCACACGACUUACUUUAAGUUGUCUGGUUUGGGCAUUUGCCGUAUGGGGGAUCGUCCACCAAUGACGCCAUGUUUAGUUUUAACUUUGAUAAAGAGACACAGGCAGCAUAAUCAUCACUGAUUCACAUCAACUGCCCAGUAUUUGUGCUUUAAGUGCCCACUUAAUAUGUACACCCCCCAUCUACAUUUCUUCUAUUUUGAUUUAUUUAAUUAUUAAAAACAAAAUAUUUGCAUUGUUUAAAAAAUAA